AUGGAGGCGAAGCAGGGCGAGUCUCUACUUGUAUGCGGGACUUCGAGGGAAAUGUGGACCAGGCUAAGUGCGAUCCACGAGCAGCGAUCGGCAACGAGCAAGAUCAUGCUUUUACAGCAAUUCCACGAGCACAAGAUGGACGCAAGCGGCUCAGUGAUUGAUCACGUGUCGAAGGUUCAAAACAUGGCCAGUCACCUUCGAGAUGUGGGUGAACCUAUGUCGGAUAUGGCCAUUAUGGCAAAAAUAAUAGGCAGUCUACCUCCAAGGUACAGUGCGUUCCGAACUGCGUGGGAGAGUGCGGCAGUGGACAGCCAAACAAUGGACAUUUUGACGGAACGGUUGAUUCGUGAGGAAUCUCGGCUGUCCGUGGACGACAACAUUGCGAGUGCGCUCUCAGCGGUGUCGGUGAAAGGUUCCGGAACGAAGAAGAAUCAGGGACAAGGAAAAAAGGCAUCUAAGAAGGACGUGGAGUGCUUCGUGUGUCGAAAGAAAGGGCAUUACGCGCGCGAAUGUCGGCAGAAAAGGAAAAAGACACGCGAUCGCGACGGCGAGAAAUCAAGUGCGGUGUCGGCGUUCGUGACCGUGGCGGAAAACGCGGGAGCGCGAGCAUCUAACGUUAAGUGUGUGACGCUAUCGGGCAGAGACAGACAGAAGCUCAUGGAGCUCGAUGUAGGUGAUGUCUGGUUAACUGAUAGUGGCGCUUCGCGACAUGUGACGUAUCGGCGCGACUGGUUCGCCGCGAGUAUACCCCAACGAAUGAUGGUAAUACCAUCACUCUCGGAGACAAUGGAACGUGCGAUGUGCGAGGUAUCGGGACAGUGCUUAUAUCCAAAUGUGUCGGCGGUAAAUGGACAGACGCUCGGAUCGAAAACUUGUUAUACGCGCCGCGUUUGA